AUGGCCAUUGACACGGGCCUGGUCGAGAAUCUGGCAGCCAGCACCACAGUUGCUGACCCCGUGGAGCUGGUCAUCACGCUGCUGGACGGCACCGAGGUUCCCAUCACUUGUUCAGAGGGAAAGCAUGCGCCAGCCGAGAGCAUCCGGGAUCUGGUGGCCGAGCGCUGCAAGAUACCCCCAGAGGACUAUCGCCUUUUUGCCAUCUGGGUGGCCAGCGAUUCACUCCAACUUCAGGUCAAGGAUCACCAAUCGCCCAUCAAGGUCCUCAAGGCCUGGCCCGAGCUGAUUCAUGAUUACACCCAAGUGUUGGCCGACGAUGAGACGGAGCUGCCCGUCAUUUACUUUCGUCGCCAGGCCCUGGGCCAUGAACGCGCCACCGAGGACGUGAACACGCUCACCAUGCUUGUCCGAGAGCUGACAUACAAUGUUGUCUACUCUUUGUAUCCAGUCGACCGUGAAUUGGCCGUGUCUCUGGCAGCAAUUCACCUGCAGCUUGCAUGCGGGCACGAGGCUACCAAGGAUGACGUCGAUCCAACCCCAUCUUUGUUCGUGCGAGAUAGUGACAUCGAGGGUUGUCUCAUGCCGCCUCACCUCAAGAGCUUCAUGAAUGUCUUUCGCCCUUGGCGCCAAGCCGUUCUGGCUGCGCGUGCUGAGCUCACCAUUUCGCCCGAUGCAACCUUUGAGUUGAUGCAGCGAUAUCUCGAGCUGGGUCGCCAAUCGCCGCUCUAUGCGGCAGUCUUCUUCUUUGGGCAGCUGGAGCAAGAUCAGACCGGCAUGACGCUACGCGAGCGUCCCGACAUUGACGUGCGUGUGGGCGUAAAUUUGGAUGGCGUCCAUGUAGUGGAUGAUAAGCACGACAAGCUUUUGUACAGUCUGACCUUUGCGGAUUUUGCCUACAAUCUAUUUGAGGAUGAGGAAACGGGCGAGGCUUGCUUCUUAAUCGAGUACGAACGUCCCGAUGCAGACCCAGAUACCGCUCCCGAAGAACGCAAAACCAUGCUCCACAUCUGGAGCAAGCAGGCGGAGUUGCUGGACACCCUCGUAUCAGAAUUUGAGCCCAUUGUGCUGGAAUGGCAACAUUUGUGCGCCCAGCGCGCUGCCGAGCAUGAUGGUCAUGGGGCCGAUUUUCUUGUGCCUCGCACCAUCACCCUAGGCCGAACCAUUCGUGCUCACAAGUGGGGUGGGCGCAUGGAUAGCACGGAGGGACGCUACGAAGUCCAAACGAUGCGUCGUCGACGCGAUUGGCUGCCAUUUGAGGCCAGCUUCCGUCGUCGCCCACGCGCUGGAACCGCUACCGCUGGUCCCCAGACGCAACAACCCGCUGCUGUGGCCGCCCCACCAGUGGAGCUUGAACAGCGAUCAACUGAGUCGGAUGUCUCCACGACGCAGACAGUGCAAACUGCUGAGCUGUAG